CAGGCCCUCCUGGCCCUUGGAGGGGAGAUCAAUGACCCUGACCUGUGAGACUGAGGCCACUUCUCAGCAGCUGGAUGACCAGCUCCAGUUCUGCUUCUUCAGAGAUGACCAGGCCCUGGAUCUGGGCUGUGGCAGUGACCCGGUGCUCCAGGUUCCCACUGUGUGGAGGAAAGACUCGGGAUCCUACUGGUGUGAAGCAAAGACCUCGGCACAGAAAGUCACUCGGAGCCCAAGGAUCCAGAUACAGGUGCAGGGAGUCCCGGUCUGGAAUGUGAGCUUGGAGACACAGCCUCCAGAGGGACAAGUGCAGAAGGGAAAGAAGCUGGUUCUCAUCUGUUUGGCCACCCAGGGCACGGGACACAUCACCUUCUCCUGGUACAAAGGGGCCCUGGGUUUGAACCUGGAAACAAAGACCCAGCGCUCACUGUCCGCGAAUUUCGAGAUCCCAAGGGUAACGGAGAGUGAUUCGGAGAAAUACUACUGCACGGCUGACAACGGCUACGGCCCCAGUGUUAGCGAGCUCGUGAGCAUCACCGUUAGAAGUCCAGUGUCCCGCCCCAUCCUCACCCUCAGGGUGUCUGGGGCCCAGGUCUUCCCUGGGGACAUGGUGGAGCUUCACUGUGAGGCCCAUGGGGGCUCUCCCCCAAUCCUGUACCAGUUUUAUCAUGAGAAUGUCACCCUGGGGAGCAGCUCAGCCCCCUCUGGAGAAGGAGCGUCCUUCAACCUCUCUCUUACCAUGGAACAUUCUGGAAACUACUCCUGUGAAGCUGACAAUGGCCUGGGGGCCCAGCACAGCGAGGUGGUGACACUCAACAUCACAGUGCCCGUGGAGGACAGAGAGGAACUGCUCGCCUCAGGAAUCUUGGAGGGGCUGCUUGGCGUCCUUGGUCCCACCAUUAUGGCCCUAUUCUGCUGUUGGCUCAAGAAAAAAAUAGGAAGAAGACGUCCGGCCAGGGACCUGCCCAGGAGCCCUCCCCGACCUGUGCCACAAGCUUCCAACUACGUCAACUCAGCUGCCCCACUGCAAGGACAGUCUGUAUACGAAAAUGUGAAUGUCGUAAGCGGGGACGAGAUUUACUCUUUGGUGUACCAUACGCAGCAGGAGCGGCAAGCAGCAGCAAAUCCCCUGAGGACACAUACCGAGGACCAGGAUGCCUCAGCCAUUUACUUUAGGCUGAAGAAUACAAGCGAUACGAGUGUUACAGAUGUAGACUAUGAAGAUGCUAUGUAAAGUUCUGGAAGAUUCUGCUCUUUGGAAAACUUGCAUGACUCCAAGCCUCAGAAUCAAUGUGUUCUUCAGAGACCCUGGGGUAGUCAGCUCUCUGGUACUUCUCACCCAGGUGCUUUGCUUCCAGAGACUAUUCUUGCAUCUACUGUGAAGUGGAAGUGGUUCUAGCCCUUGAAGAUACCACCCAAAAGAACCAACAUGAACAUGGCAGUGGGAAGGACCUUGUUACCAUAACCUGAUUCCAACUGGUUCUUUAAGCACACGUCAAAUUGUGCUCUAACUUCUUUUUAUCAGAGGAAACAGAGUGGGUGAAAGAACUUGGGACCUCGGGGUGGAGGGACAGUGAAGCUCACUCAGACUGCAUGGAUGCAAGGUUAGUGAUUCUGCAGGCUAGCUGCACACAGAGGUGGCUGCUGUCCCGGCCCAGGGCAGACGAGCUCUGUACUCAACCCCAGAACAGAACCCCAGCCCUGACUUACAGGACUCAUCCUGUUUCUGCAUAAAG